GGGGGGGGGGAAAGCCCAAACCAAAACGAGCCUCCUGCUUCUUGGGUCUCUGCCACAGAGCGAGACGUACUUAUUUUUUAUUUUAAUCACACAUUGGAUAAGUUUCAUUUCUCUCUCUCCACCUUUUGACAUUUGGAACCUCAUCGUCACCUUUUAUUUGAAUUGACCUGCCAUGCAUGCAUGAAUCCACCACAUGGUUAUCGUAACGUUGUCACGGCACUGACAUGUUCAGCCCCCCCCCCCUCGCCAUGCACACGGUUUAGAUCUCCCUUCUGUCUCUUGGUUAGCGUGUGCUUCAUUUUAAGAUGUCAGUAAUGCUUUUAAGCCAUUCCCUCUACUUAGACAAAGUGACUACUGAGCAGUUGUUGUAGCAUUACUGCAUCCUUUUAACCCUCAGAUUCCUCACAGUAUUUUUUUUCAGGAUGGUUUUUGUCACAUUAGGACAGGUCAUGUACAUUUUUCCAGUUUUUUGCUUAUUCUGCUUUGGUUGUCUUUAAAAUGAAUAAUGCUGAAACAAAACUGGACUUAAAGUUGAGCUUGUGAGGAGUUGAACUGUUUCGAGAUAUAAGCCUGCUGCUGCUAGCUGGACUCUGGUCUAUUAGCUCUUCUAUCAAACCCCACCGUGAGUAACUGGUGUGUAAAUAGACCCACAUGUGUCCUUCAGUCUGUCCUCGUCGGUCCUCUUCUUAUUUAUGUGUUCCUUCAUCCUUUCUGGUGUGUUUACCAUCUCAACUCAUUUCAUUUUUUUCUCUUUAUUGGAGUUCUUUACGAAAAUGAAUAAAGUUUGAUUUAAAUUAAUUUUCACUGGCCUUUUGUUGUUUCUUUCUUUGAAUUGGCUCACUUAUCCUGAGUGGUCGAGGGAAAGUCAAUUGUAGAAAUGCUGGAUGGUUCAUCCUUUGGAGAGCAGGACUGUGCUGAGUGAAUUUAAUGCUAAUCUACAUGGGGGCCUGUAGUGUCUCUUUAACCAUCAUUUCCUCCAAAUAUUGCACUCAAUCAUUGAAUACUGAGCAAAAUGCUCAUGUGAAAUCUGAGCUUCACAGGUAAAACUCAGGAGAGAUCAGUGGCUGUCUUCAAGUGCAAUAUGUAUUAUUAUGACGCCUUGCCCUCUAGACGAGCUAUAGAUGUCUGCUCCGAAAACAAAUUAAACUCAUGUAAUACAGGUUUCUACAUGUAUAUAAUAAAAUUGCUGCAUUGACCAAAAACGGAACACAAGAAUGUUCCUACUGUCUUAAUAAAUGUAAUGUAUGAAUUAAAACAUUUUAUUUGCCAUCAUGGAGGAAUAUAAGUAGCCUUAUUUAGAAGAAAAAUAAAAUUCUACAAGCUUGUCAUGCUGAGUCAUUCACUUGAUCAUAUUAAUUCUAAAUCCUAAACAUAUAUCUACAAUAUCUUGUUAUGCACGUUAUUUUUCUAUUGGAAGCCUCUUAUUUAUUUUCUCUGCCUCGGUUUAAUGUUGCUAAUAAGCACUUUUAUUUUAAUAUUGCUUCUGAAUUUUACAUGUUAAUCUUUUAUUUUAUUUCUUUUCGAUUCAAGAACUUUAAAACUGCCUCGUGUCUGAAUUAUGCCAUAGAAACGCAUUUCCCGCUCCUAGUUAUAUUAAAUUCUAAAUAUCUAUUUGAUUUACAUUUCCUUCCCUUAGUUAAAUUAUUUAAAUUAUAUUAUCUAUGACUUGUUUUGAUUUAUAAGAAGCCAUCGGCUUCUGCGCGCCCCCCUGCGGCCGCAGGAGGAACUGCAGGACGGGACGGUGAAAGGGACUCCGGUGAUCGCGGUGCUUCAUCUUCAUCACUCCUCCUUUCAGCGAACACGCCGGUAGAUUGACUUUAUUCAACGUUAAAAGGCGGUUUCUCGCUUCUCAAAAUGGCGUCUAACGAUUAUUCUCAAACAUCUGGACAGGGCUAUGGGUCCUAUGGUGGAGGAGGUGGUGGUGGAGGUGCUAACCAGGGCUAUGGUCAGUCUUCUGGUCAGAGCUACAGCCAGCAGAGCUACGGCGGCUACAACCAGAGCUCAGACAGCAGCCCUGGCUCCUACAGCCAGGGAGGACAUGGCAGCUAUGGUCAAUCAGGCCAGUCAGGAUACGGUUCUCCCCCCUCUAACCAGGGUGGAGGAGGAGGUGGAGGUUAUAAUCAGUCCUACAGCCCUGGAGGUUGUAACAGCAGCAACCAGCCCUCCAACAUGAGCUACAGCCAGCAGUCUUCAUCCUUCUCUGGGUACAGCCAGCAGCAGCAGCCUCCGUCUUUAUCCUCCGCUGGCUAUGAAGGGAACUCGCAGGCUUCUUCUGGCUACAACCAGCCGCCAAGCGGUGGACCGAGUGGAGGUGGUUACGGUAGCAGUGGAGGUCAGACCGGUGGCUACGGGGGCAGCGGGGGCCACCAGCAGCCGUCCCAACACGGGGGGGGGUCCUACAACCAGCCUCCGAGCUACAGCGCCCCCCCGCCUCAGAGCUACAGCCAGCAGAGCCAGUACAGUCAAGGUGGAGGAUAUGGAGAUGAAAGCCCACCGCUGAGCGGAGGAGGAGGAGGGUACGGUGGUCCCGACGGAGGCUACGGAGGUCAGGACAGCCACGGUGGAAGAGGACGCGGGGGCGGAUUUGGAGGCCGCGGUGGAGGAGGAUACGAUCGUGGUUUUGAUCGAGGUGGCCGAGGAGGACCAAGAGGAAGAGGAGGCAUGGGAAUGGGCGAUCGUGGAGGAUUCAGUAAGUUUGGUGGACCAAGAGACCCGGGACACGGACAUGGAGGACCCGGCUUCAUGCAGGACCAGGACAACUCUGACAACAACACCAUCUUCGUCCAAGGCAUGGGAGACGACUACACCGUGGAGUCGGUGGCAGACUUCUUCAAGCAGAUCGGGAUCAUUAAGAUCAACAAGAAGACCGGCCUGCCGAUGAUCAACCUGUACACGGACAGAGACACGGGGAAGCUGAAGGGGGAGGCCACGGUGUCCUUUGACGACCCCCCCUCAGCCAAGGCCGCCAUCGACUGGUUUGAUGGUAAAGACUUCAGUGGAAAUCCCAUCAAGGUGUCUUUCGCCACCCGCAGGGCCGACUUUGGAGGCCGAGGUGGAAUGAGGGGAGGACGAGGACGAGGAGGUCCGAUGGGUCGUGGUGGAUUCGGAGGGGGUCGAGGUGGAGGUUUCCCAGGAGGCAAUGGAGGCAAUGGAGAUGGAGGAGAUGGAGGAGGAGGAGGAGGAGGAGGAGGAGGAGGAGGAGGACAACAGAGAGCCGGAGACUGGAAGUGUUCAAACCCUAACUGUGGGAACCUGAACUUCUCGUGGCGUAACGAGUGUAACCAGUGCAAGGCCCCGAAGCCCGAGGACGCUGGUGGGAUGUCCCCCAUGGAACGAGGAGGUUUUGGAGGAGGCGAGCGCAGAGGGGGGUUCGAUCGAGGAGGCUUCAGAGGCCGAGGAGGCUUCAGAGGCAGAGGAGGCGACCGCGGAGGAUACAGCCCCGGAAAGAUGGACGGAAGAGGCGACCACAGACAGGAGCGGCGGGGCCGUCCCUACUAACUCAGCUGUCUCACCUGCGGCACAGAGAGCGGCCCUCCACCUUUGUAGAAUGUUGAUCCUUUUCAUUCAGCGGGUAGAAAGACGUGAGCGUCCCUGUUCUCUGUGUUUGCUCUCCAUCAUGUGACGCCUUCACCUCCUCUCAUCACCGAGGCCUCACUUACUGUAAACACCAUCUGAUGUGUUUCAUCAUCGAACCUCCACAACGUUCUCUUUAUCAUCAUUAUCAUCUAGACCAGCUGUCGCCUCUAACGGGUCGUUUUACUUUCAUCGCAUCAACCUUCUAACCUUUAACUAGAAGAAUAAGUAACGAAUCAUUGGAAUGAACCUAGAAGUCUGAUUCUAGUUCGGAGGUGAGAACAGAGAUGAACGUUUGAACAGAGCGAUGGAGGAUUCUAAUCCUCAACCUGCCACUCAGAAGCGCGUCUGAAGGCUCCUGUUCUAGAUGUCAGCGAGCAGUCAGAGGGAAUAAGAACCAAGUUAUUUAAAGGAAUAAUGUCCUGCAACAGGAAACAGAACCAUAACAUGUCUUUGGUCUCAGUGUUUGGUGUUACAUUCAUGAGCAGCUUGGUUUGAGGCGUGAGGCCUCGUGUGUCUGCAGAUGUACCAACAUGUUGGUGUAGAGACGUGUUUUUAUUUAUGUUCUUUUGUAUUGUGCAUGUGCUGCUUUUCAAAUGAAAGUGUUGAUGAAACCAAA